CUUGCUAAUGGAUACAAUGGUGAAGGCUGAUCUAAUCCCAUUUCGGGAGAGAAAAUGGACAAACAGAGAUAAAUAUAUGGCAGCUCUUUUUAUUACUAUGCACUCCAUUUGUAUUACUGCACCUUUUCAUUUCAAUUGGAAUGCAUUUUGGGUCGCAGUUGUAUUAUACAUUAUUACAGGUUGUUUUGGGAUCACUAUUUCGUAUCAUAGAAAUCUUUCGCAUAAAAGUUUCAAACUCCCCAAAUGGCUCGAAUACUUUUUUGCAUAUUGUGGCAGUCUGGCAUCUCAGGGUGAUCCAAUCGAUUGGGUAAGUACACAUAGAUAUCAUCAUCAAUUUGCUGAUACAGAAAAUGACCCGCACAGUCCUAUUCAAGGAUUUUGGUUUAGUUAUUUGACUUGGCUUUUGGAUUCCAAUGCUUUGACUAGAAGAGUUUGUCCACAGUAUUUUAUUGAUCAUAAAGAUACAGAAAAAACCAUAUUCACAUUGGUUUUAAAGUAUGGAAGACCAAAUAAUGUUGGUGACUUGGAGAAGCAAUCCUUCUAUAGGUUUCUUCGCAGAACUUAUUUUCUUCAUCAACUUCAUCUUGCAAUCCUUCUUUAUGCAGUUGGAGGAACACCUUUUCUUAUAUGGGGAAUGUUUGUGAGGACCAUAGUAUCCCUACAUGUGACCUUUACGGUGAAUUCAGUAUGCCAUACAUUUGGAAAUCAACCAUGGAAUACUGGAGAUUUGUCUAGAAAUACUUGGUGGAUGUGUUUGUUUUCAUUUGGAGAAGGUUGGCAUAAUAACCAUCAUGCUUUUGAGUAUUCAGCCAAACAUGGGCUUGAAUGGUGGCAGAUCGAUAUUUCUUGGUAUAUUAUUCAGUUUCUUCAAGUCAUUGGAUUAGCAACUGAGGUUAAAGUACCCUCUCAAUCUCACAAGCAAAGACUACAGGCUUUGAACCAAACCAAAAGAAAGGGGCUUUGAAAAUAAUACUUCAAAUCGAAAUAAAUUUUCUUGAGGAGCAAAUUAUAAAAA